AUGGCGACUCGCCGUACUACUCGUAGUUCGUCUCAGAAAUCGCCGCAACCAGACACUUCUAUGCCCAUAUCGAAACUGCUACCUAUACCUCCCAACUAUGCAUCCUCUUCCCAAUCCCAAAUCUCUUUCUUUUCCUCUUCCUUAAGCCUGUCUACAAAGUCAACUGGGCUCUCAAAACGCGAUUUAGCGCUGUUGCUUAAAAAAAAGCGUCUUCUAACAACCUCGACACCAGGAGCCCUCACAUCAUUGGAACCACAUCUCAGCUCUGCCCUCUUGGCAACUCUAGUUUUCGCGCAGUCUGAAGCAGGAACUGCCUUUUGCAUUUCUCCUACGGGGUUGCUAUUGACCUGUUCCCAUUGCGUUUCCGAAGAUCCCUCAGAAUUGGAAGAAAAUCGUAUCAAAUGGCUUCUUUUCGCGUCAGGGCAGAUUGUCCAGGCGAAGUGCACGGCGUACGACCAUAUUCGCGAUCUAGCUCUUCUACAAAUCACCUCUGCGGAACAAGCAACAGGUCUACCACUUAACAUUCCUGCCAACAAUCAAGGCCUAAGCACAUCUGUCCCAUUCCUCCCAAUAUCCUCAGCACCGCCUAAGAAAAAUGCCCAGAUGAUAUGCAUAGGUCACCCUGGAGAUGAAGAUCUAGAAACCUCAAAACCGGGCGUCAAAACGAAUUACGACGUAAUUCACGUCAGUUACGGAAGAUACAGGGGUAUUGCGGAGGGCGCGGAUGUGCAUGAUAAUAGUGAGAUUGGUGCAAUGAUGCAUGAUUGUUGGACUUAUUGGGGACAUAGUGGGGCACCUUUGUGUAUGAGGAAGGAUGGUUCAGUUGUGGGAAUGCAUUCGAGUUGGGAGGAUGAGACUGGAAUGAGAAGGGGGGUUGCGUGGGAAGCGAUAGUGGGGUUUUUGAGAGAGAAUGGGGACCCGCAUGUUAUUCAAGGUUUAGAUGAAGCAAUGGUAGGGUCUAUGGAGACGCCUAUACUGGUUGAGUAA